AUGGUUGGCAUACGACGAGCAAACGCCGGACCAGGCGACCAAAACUACAUCACCCGACCAAAUCAACUCCCCAGUAUUGAAGAGUGGGUGGCGCAAAAGGACAAAUUCCGGGCUGUUGGCCACGGUGUGCCGAUGAUGUUGCCACAGAUAGAGAGAAGCAGUCCAGUGCUGGAGACGCUGUUUCAGGACGUACUAGAGCCGGAGAUCAGCAGGGUGCUUUAUUGCAAUUACAUAGCGUAUUAUUCGGCUCGUCUGGGUGCCUGGCGUGCAAAGGGAGUUGGCGAAGUGUGCCAUACGAUACUGAUAUGCACAAAUGAUACUAACCCGAGCUCGUGGAAAGCAGCUGCGAAAGAAAUUCUCUCAGUAUUUCAAAAAGAGCUGCCAACUAGCUUCACUGGCAAGAUCCAAGUGGAGAUACAGAAUGAGCGUCUUAUGUAUAACGAUGUCUCUCAUGUCUUGCCAAACAAUCCUGCUCUGCUCAGAUGCCUCGAGGGUAUCCAGCCAGGGGUAGCAGAGGCGGUUAGGGCGAGUUUGGAGAGUUGCUGGUCAUCAAUAGCUUAUCAUACCCUGGUACCCAAUGGCUUUCCUCCGGAAACAAUGGGACGUUAUGCUGUGAUAGUAUCCUGCCACUCCGGGAGCCGCGAGGACUUUAAAGCGGCAGAGGACCAUAUCCUGGAAAUCCUGGAUAAAGUGCCAUUUGAUAUUUACCUGGAGUUUUCCCCAGGGGAGAUAUCCUUUCUGCGGGGUAAUGAUGGCCCCAGAUUCCUUCCAAAUAUUACCGAACCCCCUGUUAAUGGAGCAUCUAUCAGCGUUGCCGGGAAUUAUGUUGAACCAGGCUCGCUUGGUGGAUGGGUAUGGCUGAACAUACCACAUAAGGAUAUCCGGAUGCGUUGCGCGUUGACCUGCUACCAUGUUGUCAGGUCCAUGGAUGAUACCACUGCUGCACAUACUGACAUUAACGGAGUUGUCCCUGACGAUCCACGGGGACGCACUGUGGCUGAAUACCCUGCGGCUUGUGAUGCUGCAUAUACGAUGAAGGUUUUGAUUAACGUCCCCCCAAGGGAUCAUCCUAACGAGCACAAUAUAGAAUCCCAAUUUAAUGUUCUAUCAGGUCGAAUGGUUGAUCCUGUUAUCGGAAGAGUAAUCUUUGCCUCUGGAGGCCGAGUAAGGGAUAGUACCAGAGUGGAUUGGGCAUUGAUUUUAAGUCCCGGUACUUUUGUGGCUAAUAAACCUCCUCCGGUAUCUACAUUUGGACCUUUCAGUCUUCCCCCCUGCGGUUCUUACUUUGCAGACGGUGAAUCCAGAGUAAAGAGUUUUGGCCAGGUGAAGUGUGGAGAUUGGGUGGCCAAGUUUGGACGUACGUCGGAGACUACGUCAGGGGUAAUCAACCGUUUAUAUAGAGAGGUCAGGUGGCCUUCCGGAAUGCGGUCGUUUGAAAUGGAAGUCCUCUCACCAGAUGGCGACUUUUCAAGGCCGGGAGACUCAGGUUCUAUGGUCAUCAAUUCGAAAGGCGAAUUCGUUGGGUUGGUGUUAGCCCGCGACAGUUCAGCUCCCUUUGGCGCCACAUACAUCACUCCGAUCAGUCUUAUACAGAGCGAUAUAAAGGAAAGAACCGGCGGAGGUUUCUUAAGCCUGGAUUGUGAUGACAGCUGGUUUGUCACAGCUUGA